GAGAGAUUAUUGGUGUUGCCCAAGCAAUAAAUAAGACCCCAGGAGGUGCCCCUUUUUCUGAUGAUGAUGAAAAGGAAGGCUGUACUAGCUCCUUUCCCCACAGGCUCACCAAGCAAGCUGUGUAAAGAGAAGUGGCUCCUGUGGCCGCUAAAGAAAACAACUGAACCAGACAGGCAUUUGCUGAGAGCUCAACCUGGAGUUUGUGCCAGAGUGAUGCAGAUGUACCUCCCCUUCUGUGGGAUUGCCAUAUCCAAUGCCCAGCUAUUUGCAGCUUCAAGGAAGGAAUAUGACAGAAGCAGGGCUUUACUGGAAGUAGUAAAUGACCUCUUCGAGGAACAGACUGACUUAGAGAAAAUUGUAAAGAAAAUUAUGCAUCGGGCCCAGACUCUACUGAAGUGUGAGCGGUGCUCAGUGCUACUUCUGGAAGAUAUUGAAUCACCAGUGGUGAAAUUUACAAAAUCCUUUGAAUUAUUAUCUCCAAAAUGCAGUGCUGAUACUGACAACAGUUUCAAAGACAGCGUGGAAAAAUCAUCGUCUUAUUCUGACUGGCUAAUAAAUAACAGCAUUGCUGAGCUCGUGGCUUCCACGGGGCUCCCAGUGAACAUCAGUGAUGCCUAUCAGGAUCCUCGCUUUGAUGCUGACGCUGACCAAAUUUCUGGCUUUCACAUAAGAUCUGUUCUGUGUGUUCCUAUAUGGAACAGCACCCACCAAAUAAUUGGUGUAGCUCAAGUAUUGAACAGGCUUGAUGGGAAAUCCUUUGAUGAUGCUGACCAGCGACUGUUUGAAGCUUUUGUUAUUUUUUGUGGCCUGGGUAUCAACAACACAAUUAUGUAUGACCAAGUGAAGAAAUCCUGGGCAAAACAGUCUGUGGCUCUUGACGUGUUGUCUUACCAUGCAACAUGUUCGAAGGCAGAAGUUGAUAAAUUCAAGGCAGCAAACAUCCCUCUGGUGUCAGAGCUUGGCAUUGAUGAUAUCCAUUUUGAUGACUUCUCGCUCGAUGUGGAUGCCAUGAUUACUGCAGCCCUGCGGAUGUUCAUGGAACUUGGAAUGGUUCAGAAAUUUAAAAUUGACUACGAGACACUGUGUAGGUGGCUUUUGACAGUGCGGAAGAACUAUCGAAUGGUUUUGUAUCACAACUGGAGGCACGCUUUCAACGUCUGCCAGCUGAUGUUUGCCAUGUUAACUACUGCAGGAUUUCAGGAGAUUCUAACUGAAAUUGAAAUUUUAGCUUUGAUUGUGGGAUGCUUAUGUCACGACCUUGACCACAGGGGAACCAACAAUGCCUUCCAAGCCAAGAGUGGAUCAGCCUUAGCUCAGCUCUACGGCACCUCUGCUACUUUGGAGCACCACCAUUUCAAUCACGCUGUCAUGAUUCUCCAAAGUGAGGGUCACAACAUCUUUGCUAACUUGUCCUCUAAGGACUACAGUGACCUUAUGCAGCUUCUAAAGCAAUCGAUAUUGGCAACAGACCUCACUCUGUAUUUUGAGAGAAGGACUGAGUUUUUUGAACUUGUCAGUAAAGGUGGUUAUGAUUGGAAUAUAAAAAACCACCGAGAAGUAUUUCGAUCAAUGCUAAUGACAGCCUGUGACCUUGGAGCUGUGACCAAACCGUGGGAGAUUUCAAGACAGGCAGCUGAGCUGGUAACCAGUGAGUUCUUUGAACAAGGAGACAGAGAAAGAUCUGAACUCAAACUCACCCCUUCAGCCAUUUUUGAUCGGAACAGGAAACAUGAACUACCAAGGUUGCAGCUUGAGUGGAUUGAUAGCAUCUGCAUGCCAUUGUAUGAGUGUCUAGUGAAGCUGAAUGUGAAGCUGAAGCCUAUGCUGGACUCCAUAGCAGUAAACAGAGGUAAAUGGGAGGAGCUGCACCAAAAAAGACUUCCUUCCCAGGCGGCAUCCUUGUCCUCCUUUUCCUCUAGCCUCACCAUGUCUCUCAAAGACAUAAAUUAAGCCUGCAAAUAUCAACGUCACUUUACAAUAAGAGCUUUCUGAAAGGUUUUCAUAAGCUUAGACCCACCAUUUUUUAAGAAAUGCUUUCCCAGACAUGCUUAAUUGAUCAGAUAUUAUCUUGAUGGCAGCAUAGUUUGCUUUUCCUGGAAGGCUUAGCGGGACUGAGGGGAAGCCUGCAGUGGGAUUGCCUUGGUAUCUGGAGCGACGUGGAACACUGAACAGAAGAAGCGUUCAUUCAGCUCCACUACAUUUCAACUGCUGCUGUAAAAACCUGUAAAGCUGACAACAGACUGAAAUAUAAGAACUCGCAGCUUAAUAAAAUUAAUAAUACAGAGCAGGACUGGGAUGCAAGCUGGCCAAUUCAUAUGCAAGGAGCUGCAGAAAACAGAAUGGUGUGUAAUUACAUUGUUGUUUUGCAUCUCUUCAGUACAUGUUAUGAAUCAAUUAUGCCUGCUUUUGUGAUGCUCCUCUCUUACUCUCCCUCCUCUUUUAUGCCUGAAUGUUCUAAAAAGCCUGCUUUGUAUUCUGAAGAAGUAUUUUUUUACAACAAAGCUUCUUAGUGAUUGAUCAGGGCCUUUAGAAUUGCCUACCUUUGCUACAUUUAAAAACAAACUUUAUUAUCUUUAAAAACACUGAGCUGUCCCUUCUUCCCUGAGAAAUUCAUAUUAACAGUGCAGCAAAUUUUUCAGCAAGAGGAAGUUUGCAUAAAGGCAGAAUAUUGCAUAGUAAUUUUAGAGUACUUCUUUUUCCUUUUAAAAAAUGGUCUUGUAACAUUCAUUUUUUUUAAAUUAUAGUAUCACCUAAGGAAAAGAUUAAUGGUUUUUUUUGAAAAUAGACUACAAAUAAAAAAGGAAAUCUGUUGCUUUGUGCUGCAGGUUUAUAUUACAUUGAAAAGCAGUUAAUGAAUAAGCCUUUCUAGUAUAAUUUCCAGUUGAAAUUAGCAUUUUGAAAUGGUGGAGGAGUAUCAUCACACUGGACCGACUACCCCUUACUCUCUUACAGUUCUUCCACUACAAUUUCAAAUGCUAUUGCUACAGGCAGCACAGCACUAGUCAGGGCUCAUAUGUCUACAUCUAUGGUAAAGGUGUCCCUAAAAAUCUAAUCAAAUAUGAUGGGUCACAAAACCAA